GCAAUAGUCAAUGUGUUCACCGUCAACGUCUGUGCUGAAUGCGAAAUACUUGGCCGGUAAUCACCAAAUAUCACUUGGGGGGGUUGAGAUCGGAGUUAGGAUAGAUUCGCUUCAUCUCGAAAGCAACAUGAGAUGAACGCUAUGGGUCCGCUAUUUCCUGACCUCAACUUUACCCCUAAACCUAGAGGCACAGACUCGGUAUCAUGGACGACAACGGGGAAACAACCAAUUUAGGGUUCAUCCGAGGACGAGGUUCCGUACUUGGACUGACUGGCAGCUAAGAUGGAGGAGGUCUGAAAAUGAACUACCUACCUACCUCAAGAGGAUCAUUUGUGCCUCGCAAGCAUGACGGCACGGAGUUGAGUCCAAUCCAAUCAGAGACCAUGAAUAAUAACGGACAAGGAGCGAGUGCUCUUUACUCGGCAAAAAGUUUCCCCCAAAAUAGGAUGGCCAGUAUGCAUCAACCGCAGGCAACAUUCAUGUUUACGCCAUCGAGCAAUCUCACGAUAUCUAGAACAAAACUUCAAAAACAUACAACACCAGGUAUUCGCUGGUCGUCACCGACCCAACUACUAAUCCGGCCCUCAUUGGCUUAUCUAUGGGAGAGCGGACGGGAUCCCGAGUUUUCCAAUGGGUAUGGUCGUAUGUGGUAGUUCAAGCUACUCAGACGGGAUAUGAUGAUCAUACUGACAGCCGUCAUUGUGACAACCACAAUAGUGCUCACGCUCGUAGCUCGUUACUUUGAGCCAAUUAAUAUAGAAAUUAUCUUUAUCAAAA